CGUAUUGCGUAUGACGUUUCAGACCGGCUCCUUUUACUCAUCUACACUUCCCUUGUAGGUCCUUCUUUGAGCUGCAUCAUGGCGAACGUUGUUGAUACUAAGCUAUACGACAUCUUAGGGGUGUCUCCAUCUGCGUCUGAAAACGACCUAAAAAAGGCAUAUCGCAAACUAGCAAAAGAGUACCACCCAGACAAAAAUCCAAAUGCUGGAGAUAAGUUUAAGGAGAUCAGCUUCGCCUAUGAAGUGCUCACCAACCCCGAGAAGAAGGAGCUGUACGACCGCUACGGGGAGCAGGGCCUCCGGGAAGGAGGAGGCGGGGGAGCCGGGAUGGACGACAUCUUCUCCCACAUCUUCGGAGGGGGGCUCUUCGGCUUCAUGGGCGGACACAGCCGGAGCCGGAAUGGCGGCAGGCGAAGAGGGGAGGACAUGGUCCACCCGCUAAAGGUGUCUCUCGAAGAUCUGUACAAUGGAAAAACAACAAAAUUACAACUUAGCAAGAAUGUUCUAUGUAGUACCUGUAAUGGACAGGGGGGUAAGACCGGUGCGGUUCAGAAGUGCACCGCCUGCAGGGGGCGUGGCAUGCGCAUCAUGAUCAGGCAGCUGGGUCCCGGGAUGGUCCAACAGAUGCAGUCCGUCUGCACGGACUGCAACGGCGAAGGCGAGGUCAUCAGCGAAAAAGACCGCUGCAGAAAGUGCGAGGGGAAGAAGGUGGUGAAGGAGGUGAAGAUCCUGGAGGUGCACGUGGACAAGGGCAUGAAGCACGGCCAGAAGAUCACCUUCGGGGGCGAGGCCGACCAGGCGCCGGGCCAGGAGCCCGGAGACAUCCUCCUGGUUCUGCAGGAGAAGGAGCACGAGACAUUCAAAAGAGAUGCCCACGACUUGCACAUGACCCACAAGAUCGGCCUUGUGGAGGCACUUUGCGGAUUCCAGUUCACACUGAAGCAUCUGGACGGCAGGCAGAUCGUGGUGAAAUACCCCCCUGGCAAAGUCAUCGAGCCAGGUUCCAUCCGGGUAGUCCGUGGUGAGGGAAUGCCGCAGUACCGCAAUCCUUUCGAAAAGGGGGACUUGUACAUAAAAUUUGACGUCCUGUUCCCUGACAACAACUGGAUCAACCCCGAGAAACUCGCGGAGCUGGAGGACCUGCUCCCGUCCCGGGCGGAGCCCCCCAUCAUCUCGGCCGACGCGGAGGAGGUGGACCUGCAGGACUACGACAUGAGCCAGGGCUCGUCCGGGGGCCACCGACGCGAGGCCUACAACGACAGCUCCGACGACGAGAGCGGCCCCCACGGCCCCGGCGUGCAGUGCGCCCACCAAUAGGCCCCGCCCACAAGGGGGAGGGGGGGGG